CAGAACUAACCAUGCAUUCAGCCGUGAGCCCCAUCCUCUGUAUCCUGACCGCCUCUUUCGCCGUUGCCACGGAGACGGUGGUGGGCGUGGCAGGCCGACGGGUGACCCUGCCCUGCUCGGCUGAGGCGGAGAGCAAGGGCGGGGUGUGCUGGGGCCGAGGGAAGCCCUCGCUGUUCGCCUGUCACAACGCCCUGCUCAUCACCAACGGAGUCCAGGUCACACACAGAGCCUCCUACAGGUACAGCCUGCCCUCGGAGGCCUCAGCGGGGGACGUCUCCAUGGCCAUCCUCCACAGCAGACAGGCAGACUCUGGUUUCUACCACUGCAGGGUGCAGGUUCCCGGCCUGUUUAACGACCACAUAUACAAAGUUCACCUCAUCAUUGUAGAAGCCCCUGAGCAAGCCGCUAGGCCGGCCCGACCAGCCCUCACUGAGAGCUUCACAGACACCACGAAGGCAGACCCGGCGGAGGCGGGACCAACAGAAGCACAUCCUGGCGACACAAUUACUGAUGCAACGGAGGAGUCAGGAAGUGGUGAGGCUUGGGACAGCAUGGUGGAGCCUGUGGUCGCUCUUGUCAAGAGAUCUCAGCAGUCAGACCUUCAGCGGGGCAGCCUAUGGGGCUUCAUAGGAAGCACAUUCAGACUGUCCUUCAUCAUCUUCAUACCUGCACUACUGCUUACUGUUGGCUACAGAUUGAUGAGGUCACAGCAGAGGCAGUGGAAUGGACGACGGAUACCAUCUGACCUAGAAGACAACUCAUUGUAGAGAGUGUGUGUGUGUUUGUGUGUGUGUGUGUGUUUGUGUGUGUGUGUGUACGUGUGUUUGUGUGGGUGGUGUGUGUGUGUUUAAACUGAGUGUUCAGGAAGGUGAGCUUGUGGACUAAGAUCUGUCAGCAGACAGUUACUGUGAUAGCAUCAAUUAGCAAAAAUGGCUACUUCUAUUGUAAUAGAUACCAAGUGCCCGCUUCAAAAUAAAAAAAUACUACAAUGACAAUGGGAGACAGUUUAUUGAUCACACGUCAAAUCACAUUUGGGCAUUCAGUGUUGUUUGUUGUUAGUCCCGAUAAUAUAUAUCUAACCCAAUUUUUUAUUGUGCAUUGGCUAAGAGUCUAAGCCCACCCCAAAGAGGCAAUUGGAUGACGUCACCUCCACAGAACCGACCAUAUUGAAGUACACACAAGGUAUGCCUCCAAAAAACCUUUACACAUUAUACCCAAUAUACAAUAUUCAAAUAUGAUGCUCGAAUAAUGUACGGAAAAGACACCGAGAUGCAGAAUAGCGGGAAUGCUCACCGACCAAAAAGAUCACAUUGAAUGGAGAAUAGAGAUUUCUAGAUAUAAACAUGACAAUGAAAAUUAGACACACACUUUGUUGAUUGAUUGAUGAGUCAUGUAUGUAGGAAACAUACAUUUGCUUCCCCAUACAUGUCUAUUUUGCCAUUUUACAAUAAUAUAUACAAUAAUAGCCUUUAC